AUGCCUGAGUCGGCACCGUGCUCGUCUCUAUACAAGGUUCUGAUGGCGCGAGGGGCGCUUCUGCAGCUGCUGUCAGCUAUAGUGCUGAUGGCCGCCUUUGUUUCCGGCCACCAGCUGUGCACAAACCUUGAGGGCCCCACCAAGCCCAGCGCCCCGCUGACAUUUUGCAGCGCUCCUGCGUAUCCCUCCCUGGGGUGCUGCUCUCCCUCUUCUGACCAGCAGAUCCAGGCGUACUUCACGUCCCUCAAUGUCACCGACGCACAGUGCUCCGCCGUGUUGCAACAGCUGCUCUGUGCGCAAUGCGAUCCGUGGGCCUCGCACCUGCUUGGAGUCGAGCAGAACUCCCCGCGGGUCAUCCCGUACCUCUGCAACACCACAAGUGGCAGCACCACCAGCUACUGUGCACAGGUGUACUCAGCUUGUGCCUCAGUCCCCAUUGCUAACAGUCCCUUCGCCCAAACUCCGGGAGCGGGCCUCAACGCCCUCCCUAUCGCCUCCUCCACUCCCACCACGCUGUCAGACCUGUUUCCCAGCCAAGCCGCGUUUUGCAACGCCUUCUCAGCAAGCAGCUUCUGCUAUGAUGGCGCCCCGUAUGUGCUCCCUCCCCCCAGUCCGGCCAAUGCUACGAGUGGCAUGUGCGUCGAGAAGAUUGGGACGGGCACGUAUAUCAACAUGGCAGCCAUUCCAGGAUCGUCGAAUCUGGCGUUGGUGGCCUCGCAGUAUGGCAGGAUCCGCCUGGUCACUCUGCCAGCUGCCGGCAGUGGUCUCAACAUGACUGGCGAGAGCGGGACCCCUUUCCUGGACCUCUCUCAGAAGAUCCUGGCAGGCGGGGAGAACGGUCUGAUCGGCCUUACGGUGCACCCGAACUACACCACGAACGGGAAGUUCUACGUCACUUACACUUGCAACUCGACCCUCCACCCCGACUGCGCAGCCCCCUGUGAGUGCGAUCCCACGCGCACUGCGUGUGACCCCUCCCAGCUCCCGGUCGGUAGCUGCACGCAAUCCACAGUCAUUGCCGAAUACACCGCGCCCAAUCCCUUGACGGGUCCUUCCAACCCCACGGAAACCCGGCGAAUCCUUACCCUCUCAAAACCGUAUGCAAACAAUAACGGCGGGCAGCUGCUGUUCGGCCCGGACGGGUACCUGUACAGCCCACUUGGAGACGGAGGAGGCUCCGGCGAUCCCUGGAACUUCGCUCAGACUAGGAACACCGUUCUUGGCAAGGUCAUCCGCAUUGACGUCAACACCACUGCGUCAAACCCGGGUUACGUCAUCCCGCCCACUAACCCGUACUAUAACCAGACGGGCGCGGCACAGGAGGUGUUUGCGACGGGGUUCAAAAACCCGUGGCGGUGCAAUUUUGACAGCGCACGGCCGACCUACUUGUUCUGCGGGGACGUAGGCCAGACCCGAUACGAGGAGGUCAACCUGGUAACCAAGGGCGGCAACUACGGCUGGCGCACUUUCGAGGGCCCGACUCUGUACACGUCCUCGGUGACUCCCCCCGGGGGAACGACCCCCCCUUCCGCAAUCAGCGUCACUCCGCCCGUCAUGUCCUACACUCACGACCUGAACCCCUCCGACAGCGCGUCCAUAACGGGGGGCUACGUAUACCGGGGGGCGAGCGACACGUGUAACUACGGGAGGUACAUCUUUGCUGACCUGUACGGCAAGGGCUUUACUGGGCUCGAGUCCCCAGCCGACAGCGGCAACUUCACCAUGGCCCGCAUGUCGUUCUUGUGUGCGGGGGCCGCAUCGCCAAUGACUUGCGGGUUGAAGGGCCAAGACCUCACCAACGACUUGCAAUACAUCUUUUCGUUUGGGGAGGACAUCAACCGGGACAUGUACCUGCUGACGUUGGCGGGCGUCUUCCGAGUGACGUCAGGCGACAAGUGCGGGAUCACGUCAUGCUCACAAAACGUGUUGAACGGCACUGCGCAAGCCGCGCCGGCCCCAGCUCUUGCUCCUACACCUUUGGGUGGGGGCGGUGCCUCUACAGAUCCGCAAGUCAUGUCGCUCGUGAUUCUGUUCUUAUCGUUGAUUGCGGUGACACUGUAAGGCUGUCACACCUUGAGCGGAUAAUCUAUUGCCUAAGAUGAAAAGCUGCGGGUCAAGGAUGAGGAACAUUGAGUCUCCACGUAGGAAAGUGUCUUCAACAAACGCUGUUUAGAUUAGCAUCAAUUAUGUAGCUGAAACCGUCUGCAGUACAUUCUGCAACAGGCUUAGUGCACGCCCAGGCCAUGCGACAUGGCUUUGUUACAGCAUCGCAUUCGUCUACAAUUCGACAUACUUGACUGCAGACCGCCGCCGCACGUUUUGAUUGGCGC